AUGAAGGCUUUUAUAGCUAUAAUUUUCACAGUGUCCGUCGUUUUGGCUGAAAACGCAAGGGAAAAGCAAUCUCACAAAGACAAGCGAGGCAUCAGUAAUUAUGGAUCGAACCCUCUUAAUUUAGAUCCUUUUAAUGGAUUAUCGAGCUAUGAUGCUUCACUCUGGAAUCCAGUCAACAUUGCACACCCUAUCUGGGACUCAGCCAUUACGUCUGAUCUUGCUCUUGGACGAGUGCAGCUGCAGGCUACACAUAAUCUUGCUCUCCAGACUUUGCAAGAUCAUCAUCAAGGAACUCCAAGUAUAGCAUAUUCGCCUGAAGUAUUAAGAGCUAUACAACAUGCUAAAGAAGCCAAUCAUCACGUACAUUUAGCCCAGCAUCGGGUUGAUGAAGCUAAACAAGCUGCGAUUCUUCAACAGAGAAUUGCUCUAGCAAAGGAAGCAGCUGCCCGCGAAGCUGCACACAGAUCAGCGGAAAUAGCGGCUCACGCAGAGGCAGAGGCAAGGGCUUCAGCCAAGCAUCUGGUCGCACUGCAGCAACGACUAGCCACUUUGAAGGAUGCCGUUGCAGCAGCACAAAGGGUAGCCGCAGCUCGGGAAACGGCGGCUGCCGCUGCUAUACAGCGCAGUGCUGCCGAUACCGCGGCUGAACUUCGAAAGCAGGACGUCGACAAGCAAAUUACCCAGAGCGAGCGUGAAGCUAGGGCAAGGGAUUUGGUUGCUGCGAAAGAAAAUGCUAUCUCGCAAGCAUUACACAAUAACGCUGUUCAAAAGCAAGCUCCUGCUCACCAUCCAUGGAGUUGACGUUCACGCAUUGAAUUCUUCUAUUAGUAUAGACACAUCAGCAUAAUAACCAUAGUUCAGCAGAAAUCUAAAAUGUCUAAAAUUAUUUGAAAAGAAGCGGAGUGAAUUGUCAUAAAAUGAUAUACUCGGUGUUGGUAUAAAACAAACCGUCGUUAAUUGUUAUUCAAACAUUUUUUGUAAAUGUAAUAUUAUGAGGCGAUGCUUCUUAAAUGCAAUAAUAAAUAUUUUUUAAGAGUUAAACUGUACUUACUAAAACAUUAAUAAAUAAAAUUCUUUACAUUA